AUGGCAAGAACAAAAUAAACCGCAAGAAAAAGUACUGCUGGAAAUAAGAAACCAACAAAACAUUUAGCAACAAAAGCAGCUAGAAAGACUGCUCCAGCUGUUGGACCUACAGGGGGUUUAAAGAAACCACAUAAAUUUAGACCAGGAACAGUAGCAUUAAGAGAAAUAAGAAAAUAUUAAAAGUCAACUGAAUUAUUGAUUAGAAAGUUACCAUUCUAAAGAUUAGUAAGAGAACUAGCUCAUGACUAUUAAAAAGAACUGAGAUUUUAAAGUUCUGCUAUUUUGGCGCUCUAAGAAGCAGCUGAAGCUUAUCUUGUUGGAUUAUUUGAAGAUACCAAUUUAUGUGCAAUACAUGCAAGAAGAGUAACUAUUAUGUCCAGAGAUAUACAAUUAGCUAGAAGAAUAAGAGGAGAAAGAUUUUGA